AUAUAAUAUUUGUAAUGUAUUAACUGAAAUUAUCUCAGAUUGGAAUUUAACUAAAAAAGUUUUUACAUUAAUAACAGAUAAUGGAUUAAAUAUGAUCAAAGUAGGAGCAUUGAUGACUGAACUUACACAACUUACUUGCAGCACACAUAUACUUCAAUUAGUUAUAAGAAAAGGAUUACUACCAGUUGAAGUUUUAAUUGCAAGAGCUAAAUAUUUAAUUAAUUUUUUUACUACAUCUAAACAAAUAGAAAAAUUAAUAGAAAUACAAAAAAAUAAUAGUCAUAAAUUUUUAAAUUGUAAACUUGAUUGA